AAACCUCUCUCUCUCUCUCUCCUCCCUCUCUCUCUAUACUGUACUGCUUUUCAAUGUGGGCCUUGCUUUUCCCAUCCAUUCUCAUGGCUGAUCUGAUCGAUAUCUUGUUGGGGACUCUCUGAAGUCUGCGAAUGAGAAAUCUUUAGUGUGGUUGAGUGGAUUGAUGCAAUGCACAUGCUUGUUACAGGCCAUGGUGUGAUGAUCACUGUGUGUAUUUUUAUGGUAGCUCUGUGAUAAUUCAACCUUCAUGCUGUGAGAGUUAAUGGGUGAAUCAUUAGUAGAACCACUGAAUGUUAAAGAUAAGAUGGGUGAGUCUGUUGGCUCUGUAUCUACUAUGGAAGUAUCGGUUUCGUUUGGUAGAUUUGAGAAUGAAUCGCUUUCUUGGGAGAAAUGGUCCACUUUCUCUCCAAACAAGUACUUGGAGGAAGUUGAGAAGUGUUCAACACCUGGAUCGGUAGCUAAGAAGGCGGCUUACUUUGAAGCUCAUUACAAGAAGAUUGCUGCUCAGAAGGCUUUACUGGAGCUGGAGAAGAAGAUGGAGACUGAUCCUUUGAGGUCAGAUGAUUCAAAUUGUGAAGAUCGUAGUGAAAUCACCUGUGGGAAUGCAACAGAAUUCGGUAUAUCUAAUGGUCAGAGCUUUCCUACAGGAGUUGAGCAUGUCACCGAUUUGAUUAGUGUUGAGAAUAGCAUUCAUGUUGACGAGUCAAAUGAGGAUGCUGCAAUCACCAUAGAAUGUCAAAGCACAUCGGUCGAAGGAACUAAGGAAGAAAUGGAUAGCAUACCAGUCUUACCGGAUAGCCCCAAAUCGAACAGACCAGAAGAAACUUUAUGGGUUCAAGAAGACACUCCUCGAAAGAGAUCUCAGGAUACAGUGGAAUUUCCAAAAAUGGAUAAGGAGAAAGGAAACAAUCUGCAAAAUAGAGAGGAGAAUGUGACAUUGGGCGCAUCUGAAAAAUCAGAAGAAACUGUUUUAAUUCAAGAAGACACUUAUCAAAAUAGAUCUCAGGACAUGAUGGAAUUGCCAAAAAUGGAUAAGGAGAAAGGAGACUGUCUGCAAAAUAGAGAGGAGAAUGGUGAAUUGGGUGCAUCCGAAAAAUCAGAAGAAACUGUCUUGGUUCAAGAAGACACUCAUUUAAAGGGAUCUCAGGACAUGGUGGAAUUGCGAACAAAAUCGGAUAAGAAGAAAGGAAACAGUCUGCAGAGUAAAGAGGAGAAUGCGAAAGUGGGUGCAUUCAAAAAAUCUCAAAAGAUAACUCCGACCAAAAAAGAGAAGAAUUUGGCAGGGUCAAUAAAGAAAGCUGCAUCACCUUUACCCAAAUCACCGAAAUUUUCCACUCCUAAAUUAAAAAAGCCAACAUCAACUUCCACUGUCAUGUCUUCUACUCAAUCUUCAACGAAGAAGUCAAGCAAUUCAUCAUUAACAAAGAGCAAGAAUCCUUCUGCAGGAGAAAGCAGGAGAAUAGCUCCUAAAUCCUUGCACAUGUCUCUUUGUUUGGGUCCUGCAAAUUCUGAUUCUACUUCUCUUACCACAACUAGAAAGUCUCCUAUCAUGGAAAAAAUGGGGGAUAAGGACAUUGUUAAGCGAGUAUUUAAGUCAUUUCAGAACAAUUUCAAUUCGACUGAUGGAAGAUCUUCUGGACCAGAGCAGGUGUCAACCAAGGGUGCAGAGCAAAAGGUGUCCACUUCAGGGACUCCUAGGAAAGAGAAUGACGGAAUGAGGAAGGCAGCAGAAAAGAUAAAUGCUGAAAGAGAUCAAUCGGGACAAAGAUGGCACUCUGUGUCAUUAGGGUCACCUAAACGAGCUGGUGUCAAUCAAAGAAAUGCAAAGGCUGUUCCAUCUUCUUUUAGCUUGAGAAGUGAUGAAAGAGAUGAAAAACGCAAAGAGUUUUCUAAAAAACUCGAGGAAAAGUCAAAUUUGAAAGAGGCAGAAAGGACACGACUUAAUUCAAAAUCUAAGGGGGUAAAAGAAGCUGAGGGUAAAGUGCUGAGACAAAGCCUCAAUUUCAAAGCCACACCAUUGCGAGGUGUUUAUCAGGGGCAAAGGACAUCAAAGGUUGCUUUAGUUAAGGAGGGUGCCAAGAGCGAGAUUCAUUUCCGACCGGAGUACCAUCGAUGAAAGAUUCUUGCAUCACCCAGGUUGAAUGAAAUCAUGAACUUAAAGACAGAAAAUUGCAGUGGGGGCAGAAGUAACAAUAUUUGGAGGAGAAAUACAUCAGUGGACAAGGAUCACAUUAAAAGAAAUAGUGUUUUUUUUCAGCAAGACCCAUACCGUAGUAUAUUAUUGAUGAGCCCACAGGCUCUUAUCUCCGAAUAGCUAGAAUAGAUAUAACCCGUGUGGUCCACCUUGUCGUUUUGGUAGGUUGUAUUUGUAAUGAGCAUAACAUGAAAAGAGGUGGUGGUGCUUUUUGCUAUCUUGUGUUGAUAGAUAUAGAAGAGGAAGUGUCACGAUGGUAAUGUAUGUGCAUUAUAUAUUUACAAUUCUCGAACUAUGUGGAGAGCAUGAAAUUUAUGUAAGUUACACUUUACUAUCUUAUUUUAGCUUAAAGAUAUUGUGAGUCUGAA